AUGAGAGGUGCACCGACAUAUGCAACCGCUUUGGGCUCUGCGUGCCUUCCGUUCGCUUUGGAUUGCGAUGCGAUACUUCAAGCCAGUCGUCGCUACUCGUCCACCUCGGCGCACGGUGCGCGGUCGUCAGCAGCUGCGAGCACGUCCAAGCUGAAUUACUACCGAAACCUCGGCGUCGACACGGAUGCGACACCGCAGGAGGUGAAGACCGCCUACCGCCAACUGGCGCUGAAGUACCACCCCGAUGUGGUGGAGGAGACACACAGGGCACACGCGGAGAUGCUCUUCCGGCGUGUUUCGGAGGCAUAUGAGGUGCUCUCCGACCCGGUGAGGCGUCGUGCGCACGAUGCGGAACUAGGCAUCCAGACGCGCCGCAAGCAGCAACCGUCUGCCACAGCCCCAGCAGGCGCGCCGUCUGCCGCCAACGCAAAGGCGGGUACAAGGGCCGGCUCUCCUGCCGGCGGCGCGCGGCCGUCCUCAGCAUUUGCGGAAAGGCGGAAGCACACGUCAUCGACGGCCUCGUCAACAUCCUCGACGACCUUUCAGCAGCAGCAGCAGCAGCAGCGACGGCGGUAUCGCAAGCCGUUUGUGCGUGGUGAUGCCAAUCGUGUCUUCUCCGACGCGUUCGACGGGAAGACGUUGGACGAAAUUCUGUUUGACGUGCAGCGUCGUCGCCGUCAGGAAAAGGCUGGAAGGGUGGCAGCGGAGCGACGCCACGAAAAGGGCGGUGGCGCGGGGCAUGCGGCGUCCAAUGGCACCACAAAAUCGUCCUCGUCGCCGCAACCGCUCAUGGGGGAAAGCGGCCCUCUCGACCACGACGCGCGUCUGCGCCAUGUGAUGGAGACGGCUGCCGAGUUGUUUGCGCAGCGAGCGCAGCGUCAGUAUGGCCACGGCGUUCUUCGUCACAUACGUGGCGUCGCCGGCCCGCUGCCCGACGGGCCGGCACCCCCGCCUGAGGUUUACAUGCCGUUUCGUCCCUUCGUCGGCAUGCCGGUCCCUCCAGGCGUGCGGACCCCGCCGGAGCCGACACUGGGAAAGGUGCUGGACUCGCAAGAGGCCACCGUAGACAGCAGCAGCACACCGGCCUCUCGUGAUGCGGCGUGGUACGAGAUUCCGACGCAGUUUCACACGCACACGUACGCAGACGGCACCCCGCAGAGCCGCUCCGCAAGUUUGGCCAAGGCAACCAAGUACAUCCACGGCAUGCCGCACAACAUGGGCCAGCUCUACUCGUAUCACCGCCCGUACUAG